UACAAAUUUGUACAAAUUAAAUAUAAAAUCAAAUAAUUUAUUUGUAUAACUUGUUUUUUCUAGGACUCUAAAAAAGUUUUGUCUAAUCUUGCAUACAAAAAACUGUCAAGAAGCACUUUUGCCAAGUCUACCGCUUUGUGGAAUAAACAAGGUCGCUCAACUAAGUCAGCUGAUUUAUUUAAACAAAAUCUUGGUGUUUUUUUAAUUACACCCAACGAGACACGUUGGAAUUUACUGUAUGAUGCAGUGGUGCUGCUUAAUAAAUAAAUUUAAAAUAAUUGACAAAUUGGCUAUUGGCAGAUAAAUGAUUUAAUAGAAGUGAUAUUUAUUUCAUGUGUCAAUAUCAAACAAUUAUGGGGCCAAUUUCAAUAAGCUUGGAUUUACUCCAGGGUGAUACCAAAAUGUACAUGCCAGCGAGUACAAAGAUCAAUUGUGUCUAGCAGAGACACAAAUAACUGCAUUUCAGCUGAUGCUCGACAAAGCGUACAGCAUCUGCUAUGACACAAUGGCAUAUUUAAGAAGAGCUUCCUACUCUGUGAAAGGAUACACAAAUAUGGAAAUAGGCCCUUUAGCUAAUGAUUUGGGACAGCUACAGAUAUCAAUUGUUGGAAUUCAGCCUCUGCCACCUGUGUUGCCGCCAUUCCACAUUCGUGGAGCUAUAAGACCAGGGGGUUGUGGUCGUCAACGAUCAGCAGCAGCAGUUCCACAAAUGGUCAGACAUCCAGAACGUCCAAAUGUGCGGCAUCAACCAGAAAGUGGCAACAUUCUAUUCAUUGAAGAUCAUAAUCUUCUCAGUAAUAUAAAACUAUACAUUAAAGUUAACAAUACAUUGUAUACUCUAGUUACUAUAAUCUAAAUAUCAAU